UAGUUUGUCUAUUCCGUAUUUCUGGCCGGCUAUUAACAGUAAAUUCUAUCUAAGAAAUUUAAUAUAAAUUGGCUCUUCCAUUUGUCAAAAGCUAAUAUUGUUCUGUCCGCAGCUUAGAAGAAAGCCGAAAGCGAAGAAUAAACCAUGCCACGUCUUCUAUAGUGAAGUUUGCGUUUCAUUCUUUAAGCUAUUUAUGCGAACGGACAACUUUAUUCUUCGCUUCAUUUGCAGCAGAUUGCCCCUUUUGCUCGUCACCGUUUUUUGGAUCUUGUUUUUCUCGUCGCAUUGCCUGUGAUUUUUUGGAGUCGAAUUGCCUAAAAUUUCUGCAUAUACCGGCAGAAGUAAGUUUGUAUAUGCCUUUAUUCUCGGUUUACGCCAGAAACGCGAAGGAGCACGCGAGAGAACAAGGGAAUCCCGCCGCAACGGUACGCAAUGCCAGAUUCGCCGCAUGCAGCAAAGGCCCCUAAGCAGCCUCAACCCCCUACUGGAAGGAGUCAAACUGAAAAUUUGCCACAGCAGUCUGACUCUGCUAGAAAUUUGAAGGAAAUGCAAAGGGAAUUCCAGAGACAAAUAGCCGCUCUGCAAAAUCUAAUCGUCAGCCAGAAUGAGCAAAAUAAGUCCAGCGUUAACGCCCUGCGCAACGAAGUUCAGGCCAUUGCCAGAACGGUUGCUACCAACGGAAAUAAUGAGUCUUCCACAAACCUUAUGCCCCCAAACGACACAAAUGCCCAACGUCAAGCAAGUCCCGCGCAACCAAAUGGCGCGAACGCCCAAGCACAUCCUGAUGCUACACUUGGUGAGUCUUUUUCUACCCCCCACAGCUGCGCACCAGCCAAAGCAAAAAAAUCUAUCCCUUACCGAAAUUCGGAGGUCAGCCAGAAGAAUGGCAAGCAUUUAUUGAAGAUUUCAGAAGCACCACCCUCGAAUUGGAGUACAGCGAUAUACAUAACAUAAUGCGGAUUAGAGAAGCAUUGCAUGGAAGCAUUGCUAGAGAUACAGUGGAGUCGUUACUAACAUCCUCGAAAAGUGUAAGCGCUAUAAUUGAAGUUCUGUCGGAAACUUACGGACGUCCGGAGUUGCUAAUAAAAAGCCGAAUUGAAAAGGUUAGGUUAAUUUCUAACGUGCCGGAAGGAAAGCUCGAGCCGUUAAUAAAUUUCGCGAUUAAAGUCAAUAAUAUGUCGACAUUUUUGAAAUCCGUGCAAGGAGAUCACCAUCUAGCCAACCCGUCUUUAUUGAGCGAGUUAGUAACAAAGCUACCUACCUCUAAGCAAAUGCAGUGGGCGGAGAAAUGUCUUUCGUUGGAUGCCCGAAUGUAGAAGACUUCAGUAAGUGGUUGAACGCUUUGCGAAAACUUGCGAAUAUGGUAACCGGCAGUUUACCGUCUGCGACGGCUGCUGGUAGCCGCCGUACUCAA